AUGGACAGUAAGAGUGCACCGAAGACCGGGUCUGCGGCCCCGACCGGCACUAAAGUCCCGACGGUUCCCGAGACUNUUUUUGUUAAGAGUGCACCGAAGACCGGGUCUGCGGCCCCGACCGGCACUAAAGUCCCGACGGUUCCCGAGACUAUCCUCAAGAAACGCAAACAGAGAGCACAGUCGAAGGCUAAGGCGCUCCAGAAGGCCAUCAAAGACCGAAAGGUGCGACACACGAAGCGUCAGUUGAUCUUCAAGAAAGCGGAACAGUAUGUGAAGGAAUACCGGCAGAAGACGCGCGAUCUGAUCCGUAUUAAACGUCAGGCCAAACAACACGGAAACUUCUACGUCCCCGACGAACCCAAACUGGCGUUUGUCAUGAGAAUCAGAGGAGUGAAUGGCGUGAGUCCUAAGCCCCGCAAAGUGUUGCAACUGUUAAGACUGCGACAGAUAAACAACGGAGUGUUUGUCAAACUCAACAAAGCGACGAUCAAUAUGUUGAGAAUCGCUGAGCCGUUCAUCGCGUGGGGCUACCCGUCCCUCAAGAAUGUGCGCGAUUUGGUCUACAAGAGAGGGUUCGGCAAAGUGAAUGGACAGCGAAAGCCACUCACAGACAACAAUAUCAUCGAACAGCGGCUCGGGAAGAGGGGCAUCAUCUGCAUGGAGGACCUGAUCCACGAGAUCUACACCGUCGGACCCAACUUCAAGUACGCCAACAACUUCUUGUGGUACUUCAAGCUGAAUAACCCGAGGGGC